AUGUCAAUUGAUAUCUAUCUCUGUCUGCUCACAUCUAUCUAUCUAUCUAUCUCUCUGUCUGCUCACAUCUAUCUAUCUAUCUAUCUCUGUCUGCUCACAUCUAUCUAUCUAUCUCCUCACAUCUAUCUAUCUCUGUUCACAUCUAUCUAUCUCUCUGUCUGCUCACAUCUAUCUAUCUCUCUGUCUGCUCACAUCUAUCUAUCUCUAUCUGCUCACAUCUAUCUAUCUAUCUAUCUCUCUGUCUGCAAGCAGCAAAGUGAAUUUUCUUCUUUGUUUGGAGGAAUGGGGGAGUGUUUUUUUCCCCUCAUCCUAUCACUCUUUUUCCUCUCUCUAUCUGUGCAUGUUAUUUUUAGUUUCUUUCACUUUUUGUUCUGGAUUUUCUUUUGCUUUCAUUCUGGUUUAAUUUCUCCUUUCAUUCACUAUCUUUUUUUUUUUUUCAUUCUUUUCUAUCUUUUUCUUUUUUCUCAUUGCUCUCCUUUUCUAACUGUUUUUUUUCUCUCUUCCUUUCCUUCUUUUUCUCUUUUCCCUUCUCUUUCCUUUUUUCUUUUUUCACCACUUUCUCUUUUCUUCCAUUUUUCUCCCUCUCUCUUCUAUUCUCUCCUCCUUUCUUUUGCUGACUCCUCUCUUUGUGUCCAUUAUACUUUCUUUUUUAUUCUUUUUUUCUUUCCUCCCUUUUUUCUCCUUUUUCUUUGUUCUCUUUCUACACUGGUAGCUUUACAUCAACUCUUUUCUUUCAUACAUGUCUUUCUCUCACUGACCUUCUCUUCUUCCUUCUCAUCUCUCCUUUAUUUUUUCACUCACCUUCUCUCCACCGUGUUUCUGGAUGUGAAUCUUCGAGUUCUUGAAGGAGAAACGCGUAUGACAUUGGUAUUUGAAUAUAUUGAUCAAGAUUUGGCCACGUAUCUUGAGCAGCAUCCAUCCAAGAGUUUAGGACAGGAAAAAAUCAGGGAUUUGAUGGCACAGCUAUUAAGUGGUAUUGAAUUCCUCCAUUGUCACAAAGUGGUACACAGAGAUUUGAAGCCACAGAACAUUCUUGUAACUCGAAAUGGAUUGCUAAAAAUUGCAGAUUUUGGUCUGGCACGUCUCUAUGCUUUUCAGAUGACACUCACAGCUGUGGUUGUUACACUUUGGUAUCGUGCUCCUGAAGUUAUACUACAAGCUCAGUAUGCCACACCUGUUGAUAUGUGGAGUUGUGGAUGCAUAUUUGCUGAACUUUUCAACAGAAGACCAUUAUUUCGUGGUCAGUCAGAAAUUGAUCAAUUAGUAAAGAUUUUUGAUGUGCUUGGAUUACCGCCCAGAGAAGAAUGGCCGGACAAUGCUUUUUUGCCUCGCAAUUCUUUCCAGUCUUUAUUACGGAGACCAUUAGAAGAAUAUGUGCAAGGAAUCAGUCCUUUGGCCAAGGAUUUGUUAUUGGUAAGUAUUUUCCUAUCCCAUUUUGUCUGGUCGGCAGCUUCAUUAAAGCCUGCGGAUUGA